CCUCCUCCGCACAGGAGCUGCUGUGCCUCCGCCUCGUCUUUCACCGAGAGGAGAUCCUGAGAGCUGGAGACGUAACGAAGCCGCUUACAGCCAUGGCAGAAAACGCCGGCUUGGAAAACCACCGUAUCAAGAGCUUUAAAAAUAAGGGACGCGAUGUCGAGAUGAUGAGAAGGCAUCGAAAUGAAGUGACAGUUGAGCUGCGAAAGAACAAACGAGAUGAACAUCUACUGAAGAAAAGAAAUGUCCCACAGGAGGAGAGUCUGGAGGACUCGGAUGUCGACUCAGACUUCAAAGGACAAAAUGUCACACUUGAUGCCAUCUUACAAAAUGCUACCAGUGACAACGCAGUUAUCCAGCUCAGUGCUGUACAGGCUGCCAGAAAACUGCUCUCAAGUGACAGGAACCCCCCCAUUGAUGACUUGAUAAAGUCUGGGAUCCUGCCCAUUUUAGUCAAAUGUCUGGAAAGGGAUGACAACCCUUCUCUCCAGUUUGAGGCAGCUUGGGCCCUGACCAACAUUGCCUCUGGGACUUCAGCACAGACUCAGGCUGUGGUUAAAUCCAAUGCAGUGCCUCUCUUCCUGCGACUGCUGCACUCUCCCCAUCAUAACGUCUGUGAACAGGCUGUCUGGGCUCUGGGAAACAUUAUCGGUGAUGGUCCACAGUGCAGGGAUUAUGUAAUCUCUCUCGGUGUGGUCAAGCCGCUUCUUUCUUUCAUCAACCCCUCAAUCCCCAUCACUUUUCUCCGCAACGUCACUUGGGUCAUUGUUAACCUCUGUCGCAACAAGGACCCGCCACCGCCCAUGGAGACUGUGCAGGAGAUUUUGCCGGCCCUUUGUGUGCUAAUAUACCACACGGAUAUAAAUAUCCUAGUCGACACAGUGUGGGCCCUGUCCUAUCUGACGGAUGGUGGUAACGAGCAGAUCCAGAUGGUCAUUGAUUCAGGUGUCGUUCCAUUUCUUGUGCCUCUCCUCAGCCACCAGGAGGUGAAAGUUCAGACAGCAGCUCUGAGAGCAGUUGGAAACAUUGUGACGGGGACAGACGAGCAGACACAGGUUGUCCUCAACUGUGAUGUCCUUUCUCACUUUCCCAACCUGCUAACACACCCUAAAGAAAAGAUCAACAAGGAAGCAGUUUGGUUCCUGUCCAACAUUACAGCCGGGAACCAGCAACAAGUCCAAGCUGUGAUCGAUGCUGGACUGAUUCCUAUGAUCAUUCACCAAAUGGCCAAGGGUGAUUUUGGCACUCAGAAGGAGGCAGCGUGGGCAAUCAGUAACCUCACCAUCAGUGGGAGGAAAGACCAGGUGGAGUUCCUGGUGGAGCAGCACGUCAUUCCUCCCUUCUGUAAUCUCUUGUCAGUGAAGGACUCCCAGGUGGUGCAGGUUGUCCUGGAUGGUCUGAAAAACAUUCUCAUCAUGGCUGGAGAUGAAGCUAGCACCAUUGCUGAGAUCAUUGAGGAGUGUGGAGGUUUGGAGAAGAUAGAGAACCUCCAGCACCGAAAUGAAGACAUCUACAAACUGGCAUUUGAGAUUAUUGAUCAGUACUUUCAGGAGAUGAUAUUGAUGAGGAUCCCAGCUUGAUUCCUGAAACUGCUCAAGGAGGAACCUUCAGUUUUGAUCCAGCUUCCAGCAUGCAAACAAAGGAAUUUGAUUUCUA